UGGCAGGGCGAGUUCAUCUCGGAGCGCGGCGACACCUCCACGAAUCUCGAGCCGAUGGCAGAGUUCUUCGUGCGCGCGGCGGCGCUGCGCUCGUGGAAGCCAGCCGCGCAGAGCGAUGAGGGCGAGGAGAAGCCGGUCCACGUCCUUGUGGCCUCUCACAGCGGACUGAUCGGGCCGCUGAAGACGGCAUUGCUCGGGAGCUGGAGGGUGCAUAUGGGCAGGGGCGUGCUCGUCGGCUGGUGCUCCAACAUGUCGGAAUCGGUUUUCGAGCUGAACGGGCGGGGGAAGAGCAUGUUGGUGAGCCAUUCGGUCACGACACGUCUCCGAAGGGAGACAAAUAGUGACUCAUACAAUCUCAUGCCA